AGAUAUACAGUAGGUGGCGGUAAUACUCCUUAAGAGUGAACGGCAAUUGAACCAGAAGAAGAAGAAGAAGAAGAAGAAGAAGAAGAAGAACACCGAAAACAAACCAAAUCGAAAGUAAGCCGAACGGAGAGAAAACACGCGCACAGACAGGCCUGUUUUCUCAAACACAUUCUGGAAAAGUGAAAGUAAAAGUGUUGUUAAGCAGUUGGUGGUGUAAAUGAGAUGAAAUGGCCAGUAUUUCAGUGGAUCACGAUCAGUUGAUGUGUUCAGUGUGUUUGGAUCUACUGAAGGAUCCAGUGACGCUUCACUGUGGACACACUUACUGUAUGAGAUGUAUCACAGACUGCUGGGAUCAGGACGAUCAGACGGGAAUCUACAGCUGCCCUCAGUGCAGACAAACCUUCAGCCCUCGGCCUGUUCUAGGGAAGAAUGUGGUGUUUGCUGAAAUGGUGGAGAAACUGAAGAAGACCAAACUUUCUGAUGUGUGUUACGCUGGAGCUGGAGAUGUGGAGUGUGACGUCUGUACUGGAAGAAAACACAAAGCCAUCAAAUCCUGUCUGACGUGUCUGAAGUCUUACUGUCAAACUCAUCUUGAACGUCAUGAGGAAUUUCUCUCUGGAGAUUCACACAAAAUAGUGAGUGUGACUAGAAAACUGAAGGAGAUGAUCUGCCCUCAACAUCAGAAGCUUCUGGAGGUUUUCUGUCGUACUGAUCAGCAGUGCAUUUGUUUGAUGUGUUUGAUGGAUAAACAUAAAAACCACGACACAGUUUCAGCGGCAGCACAGAGGACAGAUGAAGAGAAACACUUGAAGGAGACGCAGAGAAAGUUUCAAGAGAAGAUCCAUCAGAGAGAGAGAGAUGUUCAGGAGCUGAGAGACGCUGUGGAGGGUCAUAAGCGGUGUGCACAGACAGCAGUGGAGGACUGUGAGAUGAUGUUGACUGAAGUGAUGUCAUUGAUUGGGAGAAGACGCUCUGAGGUGACACAGCUGAUCAGAGAUCAGGAGACGGCUGCAGUGAGUCGAGCUGAAGGACUCUUGGAGCGACUCAAGCAGGAGAUUGAUGAUCUGAGGAGGAGAGACGCUGAGCUGGACAAGAUUUCACACACAGAUGAUCACAUCACUUUCCUACAGAGUUUUCAGUCUCUCUCUGCACCUCCUGAAUCUCCAGACGACAUCAGUGUCACUUUCCUCUUUUCUUUUGAUGCUGUGAGAGAAUCUGUCCGUCAGCUGAGACACAAACUGCAGGAUUUCUGCACACAGCACAUGAGAAAGAUCUCCGUCACACACACCAUCACUGAGCCCAGGAUCAGAGAGCACUUCCUACAAUAUUCUCAUCAGUUGACUCUGGAUCUAAACACAGUGAAUAAACGUCUCAGUCUGUCUGAGAGAAACACAAAGAUCACAAACACUAACACACUCCAGCAGUAUCCUGAUCAUCCAGACAGAUUUAAUUUUGUGUGUCAGGUGUUGUGUAGAGAGAGUGUGUGUGGACGCUGUUACUGGGAGAUUGAGAGGACUGGUGUUGUGUGUAUAUCAGUGUCAUAUAAGAGCAUCAUGAGGAAGGGAGGGGCUGAGUGUUGGUUUGGAUCUAAUGAUCAGUCCUGGAGUUUGAUCUGCUUUGACUCUAGUUACACAUUCAGACACAAUAACAUCAACACUGAACUCCCUGUAAAGAUCAGAUGUGAUAGAAUAGGAGUGUAUGUGGAUGAGAGAGCAGGAAUUCUGUCCUUCUACAGCGUCUCUGACACAAUGACCCUCAUCCACAGCAUCAGCACCACAUUCACUCAUCCUCUCUAUCCUGGAUUUAAUGUUCAUCCCAAUUCAUCAGUGAAACUGUGUGAUCUAUAGAUUAUAGAGAGAUUCUACACGUCACAGAUAACAUGUCAGAUAUUAACAUGAGUAAAAUCUGCCUAUAUGAGGUGUAAUAACAAUUGUGAUGUGAAAUCAUUAAACUGAUCAAAUACAGGAUUAAUAGAGUCAUUACGUUCUUCUUCAGUAUUGUUGUUUUUCUUCUUCACAAUAUAAGAUAAAGCCGAUACUAUCAUCACAUAAACAACAUGAGAUGAACUCACAGUUUCUUUAGUUGUAACAGAAAUGACAUCAUCUCUGUCAGUGAGUUUUGAGACAGCGGUGGAACAAAAGGUCUGGUGUUAUCAGCUCACUGUUUUACAUUCAACUUGAUCUUCUUUAUUAUUUAUAGCUGAGAAUCAUGCUGGUAUAAAUCUUUCAAUCAUGCUUUUGUAUAUUUCUCUUUAAAGAUCUUCCUUCACACUAUUUCUUUAUGUAGAUGUGAUUAUUCAUGUGGUGUCUUUUUACUUUAUGAAUAAAGCAUUCUUUCUAAAGGC